AAAAUGGCUGACCGGGAACCACUCCUACAAUCAAGUAGUAGUGACUAUGGUUACGGAUCAACCACCAAUGAUGUCAAGGGUAUGGAUUUGGAGGAAGAAAAUGAUGACACAGCUGACGAGAAAAAGAUGGACGCCCAUCGCCUGGUCGUCCUUCCUAUCGCAUUCCUCUACAUGUUCUCCUUCAUCACAGCCUUUGCAUGUGUUAGUCAGUAUGAGUACUACGCCAUUGGUAAAUCGAUGUACCCUAAUAACCAGUCCAUCUGGACUAACCGCUCAUCCAGCCACUGUCAGGACAAAACAUCACAGAUGUCGAAAGAACAAACUAGUGUACAGGAAGCUACUGCAAAGCUCAACAUCUACCUCUCACUGGCGGGAGGAAUACCCGCGGUAUUUGCUAAUCUCAUGUUCGGAACCUUCAGUGACACGUUUGGUAGAAAGUUCUUGUUUAUUCUGCCCACCGUCGGCUCAUUUCUCCGAUGUAGCAUUGUUUUGAUUAUUAUGUAUUUAAAGAUAGAUGUCUACUAUUUUCUUAUCGCCUUUGUCAUAGAAGGAUCUCUGGGCUAUUUUUUAGGGAUGUUACAGGCUAGUUAUGCCUAUAUGGCAGACAUCACCGCUGCUAAUGACAAGCGCUCUUUUGCUAUUACUCUUGUUGAGGUAAGCCUUGGUUUUGGUUCUCUGCUGGGGUUUCUGGUAUCAGGGUAUCUUAUCAAGUCUGUGGGCUUUACGUGGACUAUGGUGUUCUCUGCGGCGUUGUUAGUUCUUUGUCUUAUUAUGACCAUGUUUGUUUUACCCGAAAGUGUCGCACCGGCUCAGAUUAUAACAGAGAGACGAACAUGUUCAGAUGUUACAAAAUAUGUUGGAAAUGCGCUCGCAUUUUAUUUUAAACGAGAUUCUAAGAGAGAAAGAUGGAAAUAUAUAGUCUGUAUACUCGUGUUUUUCCUGACAACACUAGUAAUUUUAGGACGUCCGUCCGUGGAAACACUUGUUCAGCUAGGCUCACCAUUUUGUUGGGACCCUGUGGAUGUAGGAUACUACAGAACAAUUCGUAGUGGCAUCCAGCAGGUCGGGUGUCUCCUGCUCAUACGACUCCUCCAGUUCUGUAUGACAGACGAAACAAUCGCCAUGGUUGGGACACUCUCUUCAACAACAUCGCUCGUAAUGGAGGGUUUUGUCACCACACAGACCAGUUUCUAUAUCGUACCCGUGGUAGGAGCAGGCGGCAUUCUGACAAUGCCUAUGAUUCGAGCCAUUAUGUCCAAAAUGACACCUGAUGAUAAACAAGGUGCAAUGUUUGCGGGUAUCGCAGCUCUGGAGACGAUCGGUAACAUGGUAAGCUCAAUAAUAGCCAACGCCAUCUACCAUGCCACCGUCACUUUGCUACAGGGUUUUGUCUUCUUUGUCAUGGCGACGUGUUCCUUUGUAUCCUGGCUUCUGUUGGUGUUUUUACUCAUCAUUCCUCAGUGUGGCGUGAAGAAGACACAUUCUAUCCAGCGGGUGAUUAUUACAGUGUAACUCUGAGUAUAACGAAGAGUAACCUGUGUAUGUUA